AUGGAGGCCCUCAAGCAGACCUUUAAGCGGGUGAAGGCCGAGAAGCGCGCCGCUCUCGUUACCUAUGUGACCGCCGGCUAUCCCAAGGCCAAUGACACCACCGAGAUCAUGCUCGGCAUGGAGCGUGGUGGCGCUGACGUCAUCGAGCUCGGUAUCCCUUUCACCGACCCCAUUGCCGACGGCCCAACCAUCCAGACAUCGAACACAGUCGCCCUCGAGAACGGCGUGACCGUCGCCUCCACACUGCAGAUGGUCAAGGACGCGCGGAAACAAGGUCUCAAGGCUCCCGUCCUGCUCAUGGGCUACUACAACCCCCUGCUCAGCUACGGCGAGGAGGCUCUCCUCACAGACUGCAAGGACGCCGGUGUCAACGGCUUCAUCGUUUGCGAUCUGCCGCCCGAGGAGGCUGUCUCUUUCCGCCAGCUCUGCACAAAGGGUGGCCUGUCCUACGUUCCCCUCAUCGCCCCGGCCACGUCCGACACCCGCAUGCGCAUCCUGUGCCGACUCGCCGACUCGUUCAUCUACGUGGUCUCGCGCCAGGGCGUCACCGGAGCCCUCGGCACCAUGAACGCCAACCUGCCCAGCCUGCUGGAGCGGGUCAAGAAGUACAGCGGCGACAAGCCCGCCGCCGUGGGCUUCGGUGUUUCCACGCACGAGCAUUUCCAGUCCGUCGCCGCGAUCGCCGACGGCGUCGUCAUCGGCUCACAGAUCGUCACGACGCUCAUGAAGGCCGAGCCCGGCACGGGCAGCAAGGCCGUCGAGGAGUACUGCGCGUACGUCUCAGGCCGGACCGCGGAUCCCGAGGAGAAGGCUACGAGAGAGGUCGGUGUCAUCGAGGCUAUCAGUGCCGCCCGGGAGCCCAGCGGUGACGGCGUCACCGUCGAGGCCGUCAUCAAGGACUCUGACGUUGAGAGCGACGACGCCGCCCUUGCUGCCGAGCUGUCGGCUCUGCACGGCAAGAUCCCCGACCGGUUCGGCGAGUUUGGUGGGCAGUAUGUCCCCGAGGCCCUCAUGGACUGCCUGUCGCAGCUCGAGGACGGCUUCAACGCGAUCCGCAACGACCCAAAGUUCUGGGAGGAGUACCGCUCGCACUACCCCUGGAUCGGCCGGCCGGGCCACUUGCACCUGGCUGAGCGGCUGACGGAGCACGCUGGCGGUGCCAACAUCUGGCUCAAGAGAGAGGAUCUCAACCACACUGGCUCGCACAAGAUUAACAAUGCCCUCGGCCAGAUCCUGCUGGCCAAGAGACUGGGCAAGAAGAAGAUCAUUGCCGAGACUGGUGCUGGCCAGCACGGCGUCGCGACCGCAACCGUCUGCGCCAAAUUUGGCAUGGAGUGUACCGUGUACAUGGGCGCUGAAGACGUCCGCCGCCAAGCCCUCAACGUGUUCCGCAUGCGCCUCCUCGGCGCCAAGGUUGUCGCCGUCGAGGCUGGCGCGCGCACUCUCCGCGACGCCGUGAACGAGGCGAUGCGCAGCUGGGUGACGAACCUCGAGGACACGCACUACAUCCUGGGCUCCGCCAUCGGCCCGCACCCGUUCCCAACCAUCGUGCGCACCUUCCAGUCGGUCAUCGGCGACGAGACCAAGGCCCAGAUGCUCGAGAAGCGCGGCAAGCUGCCCGACGCGGUGGUCGCAUGCGUGGGCGGCGGCAGCAACGCGGUGGGCAUGUUCUACCCGUUCAGCAACGACCCCAGCGUGCGCCUGCUGGGCGUCGAGGCGGGCGGCGACGGCAUCGACACGCCGCGCCACAGCGCGACCCUGGCCGCGGGCUCCAAGGGCGUGCUGCACGGCGUGCGCACGUACAUCCUGCAGAACGAGCACGGGCAGAUCAACGAGACGCACUCGGUCUCGGCGGGGCUCGACUACCCGGGCGUCGGCCCGGAGCUGUCCUCCUGGAAGGACUCGAACCGCGCGACUUUCGUGGCCGCCACGGACGCACAGGCCUUUGAGGGAUUCCGGCUCAUGUCCCAGCUCGAGGGCAUCAUCCCGGCCCUUGAGUCGGCGCACGGCAUCUACGGCGCCAUCGAGCUCGCCAAGACGAUGAAGAAGGGCGAGGACAUCGUCAUCUGCCUCAGUGGGCGUGGUGACAAGGAUGUGCAGAGCGUCGCGGACGAGCUGCCCAAGAUUGGACCCAAGAUUGGCUGGGACCUGCGAUUCUAA